UAUCGUGUUUGUCAACAAUACUCAAGAUCUUCUUCUUCUUCUUUAGACUCACGAAUCCGCAAUAUAUCACAAUAUCAAAUUAGAAACACGAAAGUCGUGCUCGUAAAGUCGUUCUAUUCAUCACGCGUAUUUAUUUCUUCUUUUUCUCUUUCAUUUUUCUCCCCAAAUAUAAUGUCACGUGCUCCAAAAGUUGUCAGUUUGUUCUUUUUUUCCUCAUAAUUGAAUUGUCACAAGUUUAUUUUAUUCCGAAAGUAUUAUUUUUAUUUGAGAAAUUUAUGGUGAAUUAAAGAAAAAAAUUUUUUUUUUGUGAGAAAUGCUGAAUUUAUUUUCAGGGUGAUCACUGCUUUGGAGAACAGGGAAAUGACGCUGAAUUUUUCCGAACCGGAAAAAAUCGUGUAAUGUCACCGAGCAAUAAAAAUGCAGAAGAAGCUGUAAUUGACGUUUUAUUGGAAAAAUUAAGGGAUAUUGUAAUCAACAAAUUACAAGAACCAGAUUCAUUGAGAUCUACCACAGCAAAAAUUCAUGGACGACUCACAUCUUCGGAUCGCAAAACGAGGGAGCGAAUGCUCGAGAAAUUAUGGAAAAAAAAUUCCGGAUCGAUAGGAAUUUUUCUCGCGUCACUUGAGAAUUGCAAAGAUAACAUCACCAAUUGCACUUUGGUUGGAAUUCUUCGUGAAUGUAUAUCGCCAAAAAUUUCGAAGACAAAGGGAAAGGCAUUAAAAAACAAAAACGAUUUACGUACCAAUAGCAGAUUGGCGCUUAGUAAGUUGAUAAGUCUAGGUGGCACAGAAGUUUUGAUAAAACUUUUAAUUAAUUCCCAACAUGCGGAUCCUGUAAUGAUCGAAGUAUUAGUCCAAGAGGUGCUCUGGUUAUUAGGUCAGAUCGCCCAGAAGGAUAAAAAUUUUGCCACGAAGGUGAAGGCUCUUAAUUCCUUGAAGCUCUUUCAUAAUUUGCUGAAGCAGCAUUUCAAUCAAAACAAAACCCUAUUACCACUGUUGCUCAUCUUUAAAAAUUUAUCUAAAAACUGCAUUUCUCAACAAUUUUUGUUGAGAGACGGCGUUGUUCAUACUUUAGAGAAAACUUUUGUUUAUCUUGGUUAUUCGCCUCAUUUGAAACUCGGAACAUUGUUGGAUUGUUUCAAAUAUUUCAGUGCAAGUAAACUCUGCUGUACGAAAUUUAUAAAAAUCGGAAUUGUACAUCAACUGAUGCGCUUGUUUGAAAGAUGGGAAAGAUUCGAUGGACAAUUGAGAUUAAAAAUUUGCAACAGUGCACUCAGUACUCUGCAGCAUCUUUGUGUUCUAAAUGCCGGGAAAAAGGCGAUAAAAGCAAACGGAGGCUUGCAACUUCUUUAUCGAUUCUGUACAAAUUUUCCGGAUAAUAAAAUGUACGAUUCGGUAUUAUCAAGAGUUUGCGACAUCAUCAGUCAAUGCCUCGAGAAAAGGGAACUUCCAGUUCCGAAAAUUUCACCUGCCAGAUUUUCAUUGCCUGAAACAAAUGCGAGAACAAACAGUGCCGACAGUAUUAGUGAUGCCGAGAGUCAGGUUUUAGGCUCUAACAGCGACGUAGAAUCGGGCGAAGAUGAAGACAGUCAUGUUUUUCGAAAUUUACGAGAUUCCAAAUCUGACGACAUUGACGAGAAUAAAUUUUUUGCCGGUUUUAUUACAUCACAAAGGUCUGAGGAAGAUCUCGCUAGUUAUAACGUUUUUUUCAAAGAAUUGGGAACUUUGCAAAAUCAACUGUCGAUUGUCCAGAAUUCGGCAAAUCAAGAAAUUGGUCCACAUUCUCCAAAGGGAAAACAGUCGUUGAAAUUGGUGAAACUGAAUAAACAGAAAAAUUCUGUUGUUGCGGUGAAAACGGACAAAAUGUUGAAUACAAAUUCCUCGUUUGUCGUUAAUGAACUGAAGUCUUUAGAAUCUGUUGCGGGGAAUGCAACCGAUCAAUAUGCAUAUUGUGCAAUUGCCAGUAAAGUGAAGAGUAUUAUAAAAUUCGUCAAAGUUGCCUAUCCGGAUCUUCUCGGUGGCGAUGGUCUCGGAAAAUUGGAACCACUCAAUAGCAAAGACAGAAGAAUCUGUAGAUCUAAACUUCUUACUUCCGUGGAUCGUGGUCUUCAUCCGGGAAAUAUUCUUCAUGAAACAGUUUACGAUCUCGAUGCACUAGCCGCCAGUCAUUCCAAUCAAUCGUUAGAUAAACUCCUUUCAAAUUGGGAUGAACUUCGAGUUAGCAAACGUCACAAUGACAUCAAACAUUUGCUGUUCGAAUCGAGAUUCGAGAGUGGAAAUCUUAGGAAAGCGAUUCAGAUCGGUCCAAAGGAGUACGAUUUAAUUUUAACUCCGGAUGUAAACAGUGGAUCGAGGCAUCAAUGGUUUUAUUUCGAGGUUUCCAAUAUGGAGGGAAAUACGCUUUAUACGUUCAAUAUAAUUAAUUGUGAGAAGGCUAAUUCGCAAUUUAAUUUUGGAAUGAAACCGAUUCUCUUUAGUGUGAUUGAGGCGCAACGAGGAAGAGUCGGAUGGAUUCGAACUGGACUUGAUAUUUGUUAUUAUAGAAAUUGUUAUCAGAGGCAAGGAAAGGGGAAAAAUUAUUUAACGACUUCAUUCACUGUUAAUUUUCCCCACGCCAAUGAUGUCUGCUAUUUGGCUUAUCAUUUCCCCUAUACGUAUAGUCAAUUGAUGAGCAACAUUUGGAAAUGGACGAGAACAAUAGCGCCUAGCAAAAUUUAUUUUCGAGUUGAAAAUCUUUGUGAUAGCCUCAAUGGCAAUGAGAAUCCUCUGCUAACCAUAACUGCACCGAAUUCCACCAGUAGUCCCAUUCAGGAUCGGAAAAUAAUUUUUCUGACAUCGAGAGUUCAUCCUGGUGAAAGUAAUGCAUCGUGGGUGAUGAAGGGAACAUUAGAGGCUCUUUUGGAUGAUUCCCAAUAUGCCAAUGAUCUCAGGGAGAAUUAUGUGUUCAAAAUUGUGCCAAUGCUCAACAUUGAAGGUGUAAUCAACGGUUGUAAUCGAUAUGGUUUGACAAACGAAGAUCUCAAUAGACGUUGGAGUAAUCCUGAUCCAAUUUUGCAUCCAACGAUUUAUCAUACAAAAGGAUUGAUGGAAUAUUGUACGAGGGUAUUGUUUCGGCCACCACACGUAUUUGUCGACUAUCAUGGACAUUCACGUAGGAAAAACAUAUUUCUUUUCGGUUGCUCAAGGUCUUUAUCAUGGAGUGCCAUCGACAGAGCAAAACCGGAUCAACCGGUACAGUAUUUGAUGCUGCCUUACUUGAUGCAAAAAAUUUCUCCAGCUUUUGCAUUAUCUUUGUGUUCGUUUAAAGUUGAGAGACAUAAAGAGUCAACUGCGAGGGUGGCAAUUUGGCGACAAUUAGGAGUUACUAGAAGCUACACGAUGGAGAGUAGCUUUUGCGGCUGUGAUCAAGGACCAUUGUCUGGUUUUCACUUGGAUACGAAAAAUUUGAAAGAUAUUGGUAGAGAAUUUUGCCAAGCACUCUUCUUGAUGAAGGACGACAAUGAAGAUUGGUCCUUCGAAAAGAUUCCGAUGGGAGAAGCUGUAAUUGAAGAAAAAGGCUGCAUUGAAGAUGACGAAUCUUCAACAUUAGAAUCAGAAGAAUCAGAAUUCGAUGAUUAAAUUUUCGAAUAAAAUUUCUAAUUUGAAAAUUAUCAAGAAUUUAGAAAGAAAUUUAUAAAUAUAUAUCUAUAUUAGGAAAGAAAUUUUUUUAUUACACUAUAUAUCUGAGAGCAGACGAAUAUGUAAGUUUUACAAUUUUAAAUGAAUUCCAUUACGAUAUAGAGUAGAUUGAAUUUAUAGUGUUAAAUUUUGGAUAUUGAAUUUAUGAUGAUAAAUAAUUAUCUACAUUAUUCUGUGAUUUAAUAAUUCUAACUAACAAUUUCGGAUUUUAUUAUAGAGAAUGAGAAUGAAAAUGAAAAUCAGUUGAAAAAGAUAAUAAAAAAAUAAUGAAACUA